AUGGCUUUUGAGGUGCUCCUGGAUCAAGUUGGAAGCCUGGGCAGAUUCCAGAUCCUUCAGCUGGCUUUAUUUUUCAUCACCAUCAUUUUCCUGUACCCUCAUAUUUUACUGGAGAACUUUACUGCAGCCAUCCCUGAUCAUCGCUGCUGGGUCCACAUCCUCGACAAUGACACUGUCUCCAAUAAUGACACUGGGACUCUUGGCCAGGAUGCCCUCCUGAGAAUCUCCAUCCCACUGGACUCCAACCUGAGACUACAGAAGUGUCGUCGCUUUGUCCUUCCCCAGUGGCAGCUCCUUUACCCAAAUGGGAACUUUUCAAAUAUGAGUGAGCCAGACACAGAGCUCUGUGUGGAUGGUUGGGCGUACGAUCGAAGCUUCUUCUCCUCCACCAUUGUGACUGAGUGGGACCUGGUGUGUGAAGCUAAGUUACAGAAAUCAGUGGCUCAAUUCCUACUUAUGGCUGGUUCACUCCUGGGAGGUCUGGUAUAUGGCUAUCUUUCAGACAGGUUUGGACGGAAGAUCAUUUGCAGAUGGUGUAUCCUCCAGCUGGCCAUCUCUGACACCUGUGCAGCCUUUGCCCCUAACUUUCUCAUUUACUGCUCACUACGCUUCUUGGCAGGGUUCUGUAUAAUGUCUUCUUUAACAAACCUCUAUGCUUUGGCUUUAGAGUGGACAAAUCCCCAGUCACAAUCUAUGGCUCUAACACUGCUAUCAACUGCCUAUAGUAUUGGGCAGAUGCUCCUGGGAGGAAUGGCCUUUGCCAUUCGAGACUGGCGUACACUGCAACUGACAUUGUCUAUACCCUUGUUUGUCUUCUUCUUGUCUUCCAGGUGGAUGGUGGAGUCUGCCCGGUGGCUGAUUAUCAAUAAUCAGCUAGAUGAGGGCUUAAAGGAACUUAGAAGAGUUGCACACAUAAAUGGAAAAAUGGUUUCUGGAGAAAUCCUGACCACUGAGUUUCUGAGAUCCACCAUGCAGGAGGAGUUGGAUAGCAUCCAGAUCAAAGCAUCCAUUUCAUUCUUGUUCCGUGCACCUAAACUGAGAAUGAGAGUCCUCUACAUGUCUCUUGUGAAUGUGAUGACGAUUGUGCCCUAUUAUGGCCUAAUACUCAAUUUGGAGCACUUGGGAAGAAAUGUCUACGUGUUCCAGGUUCUCUUUGGUGCUGUCACAUUCAUAAGCAGAUUUGUUGCCCUUUGGACACUCAAUCAUAUGGAUCGUCAAAUAAGCGCGAUGUUGUUUAUGUUCCUGGUAGGACUGUUCAUUCUGGUCAACACCUUUUUGUCUCAAGAAAUGCAGAUGCUACGUGUGGCUCUAGCAACUUUGGGAAUUGGUACUCUUUCUGCUGCUCUUACCAGCUUUGGUGUCCACAGCGCCGAGCUCAUCCCCACCAUAGUCAGGGCAACAGUUGGAGGAAUUUGUACACUGUCCACUAGAAUUGGGGCAACACUGGCUCCUUUGCUGAUGACCCUAAUGACAUAUUCUCCCCACCUGCCCUGGAUUACUUAUGGAGUCUUCCCUAUUGUUGCUGGCCUUGUUGUCCUCCUUCUCCCAGAAACCAGGAACUUGCCCCUUCCUAACACCAUAGAAGACGUGGAAAAUGACAGAAAAGAAACAAGAAAUGUAGAACAGGAAGACACUUGCAUGAAAGUUACACAAUUUUAA